UAAAGGAAAUUAAUGUUACAAAAGCGUUGGACUGCACAUUUUAUUCAGAUUCAGAUUAUUACAACUAUUUACACUAACUAUGUAAUUAUAUCUAAACUUUAUUUAGACAAAAUAAGGCGUAUAUAAAACUAAAAAUGCUUAUUUGGAUCAUUUAUCACCUGUUGUGGUUUAAGGCUUAAGAUGUCCUUUUAUCUUUUGGUUCAUUUGGAUAAAUUAUUAACAGAAACAGUGGGUGGAAAAAGGGAAACUCAUCAUUUAGCAAUUAAUAUUCAACAACCUACUAACACUGUUUACAUUAUUUCUGCUGAGUGUGUUGACUUUUAAUGAUUAUUUCUGAUCCAAGUUUAUAAAGAAUUGAGUAAACUUACAUUAUAUUCUUAACACUAAACUGAUUGACAUUAGAUUAAAAUACAUAAGAAAAACAUAUUCUAUUGUUUCGUUUAUCUGAAUCCACUGAUUCGACUCUGUAAAGUGGUUUCUUAUCACUUCAGCUGUUCUACGUGUUACUAUAAAGGCAGAGUUGAGACCAGUUCUGACCUCUAAUAUUAAACACCUCCUGCCUCCUGUGAGCUCUCUGGCUCCUUUCAGACAGAAUGAAGUCUGCCUUGGUGCUCCUAGCCUUCGUGGCUGUCACACAGGGAAUUCUCAGGAUUCCCCUGAUGAGAGGGAAGUCUGCCAGGCAGCAGCUGGAGGAGCGAGGCCUGUACCACGAGUACAGGAGCAAGUUCCCAUACAACCCCGCAGCAAAGUUCCUCCCCAGGAAGGAGCAGAGUGUGGUGCCCAUGACCUUUGACCCAUAUACGACAUACUAUGGAGAGAUUGGCAUCGGGACCCCACCUCAGUUCUUUAAAGUUCUCUUUGACACCGGCUCCUCUGACCUGUGGGUUCCCUCCGUCAGCUGCACCAGCCCCGCCUGUGGCAGACAUGUGAAGUUCAGCAGCUCAGCAUCCUCCACUUUUCAGCCCAGCACAAAGACUUUCUACAUCUCAUAUAUCAGUGGAUACGCAGCAGGCAGCACUGGAUAUGAUCACAUAAAGAUAAGCAACCUCGUGGUGCAGCACCAGGUCUUUGGCCAGGCUGAAAGAGAGGCAGACUUCCUGGCAUAUGUGCCCUGGGAUGGGAUCCUCGGUCUGGCCUUUCCUGGUCUGUCACAUGAGGGAGACACACCCAUAUUUGACAACUUGUGGAACCAGGGCAAACUCCCACAGAACAUGUUCUCCAUGUACCUGAGCAGCUCUGUAGAGGGCAGCAUGUUAAUUCUGGGAGGAACUGAUUCUUCGUAUUACACUGGAAGCAUUAAGUGGAUCCCUUUGUAUCAGGCCACUAACUUUUGGAACAUCCAAAUAACCAGCAUCACCAUCAAUGGGAACACUGUUGCAUGCUCUGGGAGUUGUGUAGCAACAGUGGACUCUGGCACUUCUUUCAUCGUGGGCCCAGAGAAAGACAUUAACAACAUUAACGGCUGGUUGGGAGGCUUUACAGACCAGUAUCAUGAAGCUCUUGUGAGCUGCAGCACCACACAUCUCCUGCCAGACGUUGUGUUCAACAUAAACGGCUACAGCUUCAAUCUUCCUCCAUCAGCCUUCAUCGUAAAGGCUGCGUCUGAGUGCAGAACAGGGUUUUCAUCUGCACAAGACCCCACCUGGAUCCUUGGCGAGGUCUUCAUGCGGCAGUUCUACAGUGUCUUCGACAUCAGCAACAACAGGGUGGGCUUUGCUCAGGCUGUGUGAAUACAUGUGGAGAGCGGGUUCAGUUUAAAGUGAUAUCAGCCAGAGGCUCAAGUCUGAGAGCUGUAGGUAUUUAAAAAGUAAUUUACCUGUGAUUGAAA